GAUAGAAAACGACUUCACUCGACGCGCGACAGACCACCAGCACGGCAGCACCCGACCCAAUCCUCGGUGCUGAGCUCUCUCGCCGCCGAUGGAACUCCGCGACCUAGGCGGCACGGGCCUCCGCGUCAGCCCCGUCGGCUUCGGCGCCUCCCCACUCGGCCACGUCUUCGGCGACGUCCCCCGCGACGUCGCCCGCGCCGCCGUCCGCCGCGCCCUCGACCUCGGCGUCAACUUCUUCGACACCUCCCCGUACUACGGCGGCACGGUCUCGGAGUCCGUGCUCGGGGACUGCCUCCGCGCCGCGGCCGUCCCGCACGACCGCGUCGUCGUCGCCACCAAGUGCGGCCGCUACAAGGAAGGCUUCGACUUCAGCGCCGCCCGCGUCACCCGCGGCGUCGACGAGAGCCUCGCCCGCCUCGGCCUUGACUACGUCGACAUCCUCCACUGCCACGACAUCGAGUUCACCAGCCUCGACCAGAUUGUGAACGAGACGAUUCCGGCGCUCCAGAAGAUCAAGGAGAGCGGGAAGGCGCGGUUCAUCGGGAUUACAGGGCUCCCGUUGAGCAUCUACACCUAUGUGCUCGACAGAGUGCCGCCAGGAUCUGUAGAUGUGAUUCUGUCCUACUGCCACUAUGGGAUCAAUGAUACAUCGCUUCUGGAUUUGCUUCCCUACCUGAAGAGCAAAGGAGUUGGCGUGAUCAGUGCUUCACCGCUUGCAAUGGGGCUUCUCACAGAUAACGGGCCACCCGAAUGGCACCCUGCACCAAAAGAACUAAAGUUGGCAUGCAGGGCAGCAGCAGAUCACUGUAGGAAGAAGGGGAAAAACAUUACAAAGCUAGCUAUGCAGUACAGCUUGAUGAAUAAAGAAAUUUCAACAGUUCUUGUUGGAAUGAACUCUCCAGAACAGGUAGAAGAGAACGUGGCUUCUGCAAUUGAAGUGUCAACUUCAGGCAUAGAUGAUGAACUUUUACAUGAAGUUGAAGCAAUUCUUGAGCCUGUCAAGAACAUGACCUGGCCUAGUGGCAUUCAGCAACCCUGAUAUCUGGCAAGUUGUUGCGAAAUUCAUUGCGUUGAUUACAUCUUAUAUGAGUUCCUUGAAUCAAUUAUGUGCAGUGCAACAUUGAAUGAACGGCGAGCAAAGGAAAGGCAUCGUCGAAAGUUCAUGACACAUUGUCUGUAUCAGUUUGGAUGUCUGUGAAUAGACAAACAGCAAAGAUGGAUGCUGAUAACUGAAUAAGUUGUGUGCUCCUGCGCCUUUACUGGAAUGAGGCUUGUAUAUUGCUUCAAUUACAAACUGUACCAGAAUCAGACUGUGUACCAAUAAUUUGCUGAAAAGGAAAAUGACAGAAUUAUGUGCAA